UUUCAUCCUGCAUUCCAUAAACAGUACUACUUGGUAUUGUUAAAAAAUGGAAGAAAAGAAGAUCAAAAGAAAUCGAAGCCCAAUAUAUAGAGGUGUACGUAUGAGGAAUUGGGGAAAAUGGGUAUCAGAAAUUCGUGAACCUCGUAAAAAAUCUCGUAUUUGGCUUGGUACUUUCCCUACUCCAGAAAUGGCGGCUCGAGCUCAUGAUGUUGCUGCUUUAUCCAUCAAAGGCGAUGCUGCAAUCCUCAACUUUCCCGAACUAGCAAGUUGUCUUCCAAGACCAGUGUCACAAAGCCCUCGUGACAUUCAAGCAGCUGCAGCAAAAGCAGCUUCUAUGAAAAAGUUUGAUUCUUUAUCAUCUUCUUCCUCUUCAUCAACAUCAGAUUUGUGGACGACAUCAGAUGAAUUGUCCCAAAUCAUUGAGCUGCCAAAACUCGGAAUUAAUGACUCGUUAGACCAGCUAAAUAAUGAAUUCUUGUAUGUUGAUGAUUUGAUGGAUGGAUGGUUAUAUCCUGACAAUGAAGAAAUGAUUUCAAGCUGUUUUGAGCCGCCUCUACUGCUGAAUUACAAGUGUAGCCUCUGAAAUAUUAAUUUCUCUCAACUACUAUCAUUAUUGUUAAUUAUUGUCAUUAUGGUUGUUGUUGGGGUAUAUGUACGCACAUAAAUUCUUAGUCCUUUCUCAAUAUUUGUCCGUGGAGGCUAAAGAAACCAUUUACUAAUAUUAUUCCACUCUUUUUAUUUGUC